CGGGGCAGGGUGGGGGCGAAGGCGGCCUCCCGAGGGAGCCCCGCUCUCCCCUCCUGCCGCUCAGGCAAGGAAACUUUCGCAGCUCGGGGGCAGCAGGUACCACCAGCGGCCCAGCCGGACUGGAACCCGCGGGGAGAGAGGGGGCAGCGAGAACCACCUGGGCACCCACACGCCCCGGACAAACGCCCGCCAGCGGCUGUGGCUACCCCGCCGAAGGGACCGGGUCGCGGUAGGGGAGAGGAGAGUGGUGUCCCCCAGGAAGGGGACGAGGUACCUUAUGAAACACUGAACAAACGGUUUCGAGCUGCACAGAAAAAUAUUGAUCGAGAGACGAGCCACGUUACUAUGGUUGUUGCAGAGCUGGAGAAGACCUUGAGUAGCUGUCCUGCUGUGGAUUCAGUUGUUAGUCUCCUUGAUGGAGUAGUUGAAAAGCUCAGUGUUCUGAAAAGAAAGGCAGUUGAAUCGAUCCAAGCUGAAGAUGAGAGCGCAAAACUUUGUAAACGCAGGAUUGAGCACCUUAAAGAACAUAGUAGUGACCAGCCAGCUGCUGCAAACAUGUGGAAGAAAAAACGUAUGGAUCGCAUGAUGGUGGAACAUCUCUUGCGCUGUGGCUACUACAAUACAGCUGUAAAACUAGCCAGGCAGAGUGGUAUUGAGGACUUGGUAAAUAUUGAGAUGUUCUUGACGGCUAAAGAAGUGGAAGAAUCUUUGGAAAGGCAAGAAACUAUGACUUGCUUGGCUUGGUGUCAUGAUAACAAAUCCAGGCUCAGGAAAAUGAAGGGGCGCCAAAAUGAGAACGAACCGAAGAUGGGACGCAAAAGUAAAUCGGCCUGUGAUUACUCUAAAGAAAAUGAUGAUCUUGUUAUGGAAACCAUUAAAGGAAAACCAGAAUUGAGCUGUCUGGAGUUCAGCUUAAGGAUUCAGGAGUUCAUUGAACUCAUUCGACAGAACAAGAGACUGGAUGCUGUGAGACAUGCAAGAAAGCAUUUCAGUCAGGCUGAAGGAAGUCAGCUGGAUGAGGUCCGACAAGUGAUGGGAAUGUUGGCCUUUCCUUCAGACACUCAUAUUUCCCCCUAUAAGGAUCUCUUGGACCCUGCACGAUGGAGAAUGCUGAUUCAGCAGUUUAGAUAUGAUAAUUACAGACUACAUCAGCUGGGGAACAAUUCUGUUUUUACUAUAACACUUCAGGCAGGCCUUUCAGCUAUAAAAACACCACAGUGUUAUAAAGAGGAUGGCAGUUCAAAAAACCCAGACUGCCCCGUGUGUAGCAAAUCUCUGAACAAGCUGGCUCAGCCUCUGCCUAUGGCACAUUGUGCCAACUCCCGACUAGUCUGCAAGAUUUCAGGGGAUGUAAUGAAUGAAAAUAAUCCUCCCAUGAUGUUGCCAAACGGAUAUGUCUAUGGAUACAAUUCCUUGCUUUCUAUUCGUCAAGAUGACAAAGUAAUUUGCCCAAGAACCAAAGAAGUCUUCAACUUCUCACAGGCUGAGAAAGUCUAUAUCAUGUAGGUCCAUAAAAUAUAUGAUGAAGUGCCGCUGGAAUUUUGACACAGGAUUUAUUGGCAUGCCCUGGAGAACAGGGCCUUAUGUGUGGCAAAGAAGCAAAAUCUGCCACCUUGGGGAUCAGACCUGUCGGUGGCAUUAUUGUUUCUUGCGACCAAAGAUCAAUGAGCAACAGUACACACUCUUAAAAAGAGAGGAAAUAUGACUUAAGUUUGUACUUGGGGCGGGGGGGGGGGGGGAACCACACAAAUUUUGAUUGUUAUUGUUUUGUAACACAAGGUAAAAAAUUGGAUUCAUCUCAAAAAUACUUUCAUCUUUCAAAGGAGAAUUUUCUUUGAAGAUGGACAUUUGCACUGGGGAAAACGUUACAAUAGAUUUGAAACUAAAUCCAUUUUUCUUCCCUCCAUUUUUCACAAUUGUCCAAGGCCCUUUUGUUAAUGAAGAUUUCAGUUAAUACAAGUGUGUUCUCCUUUAAGCUGCUCUUUGCCUUCUUUUCUGAUCCUCUUGUGAAGUAAUAAUCCUGAAUUGGGUCAUUGUAAUUAGUUCCAUGGGAAGACACUGAUGUCAUUGAUGCAAGACUGGCUUCACUGGAGGAUCAAUGAGAGACUGGUUUGAAGGAGUAUGAAAUCUUUUUUUCCCCAAACCCAAAUAUUUUAAGGAGGUUGCAUAAAUAUCAAGAGGAAUGGAGAACAUUUCAGGCAAAAUACACCACUUGUUUGGAUGUUCUUUUUCCAGUUUACCAUAGUGUUAAAGUCCUUCUAAAGUUAUUAGUUAUGUGCAUAGGGUUCAAUAUCAAAUCAUUAGUGCUACUGCCUUAUUUCUUGCUUUGAGAAUGUACUCACAUGAAAAUCAACUGGUAUCCUUAAGUGUUGGGCAAAGUUUUGGAAGAUGCCUUGCAGGAUGAUUACAUAAUUUUAGGGUCUAAAUAGUAUUAAUUACUGAAACUAAUAGUUCAGUUUUAAUUACUACAGAACACAUCCUUAUGACUUUUUUCAAGAGAAUAAACCAUUGUAGUUUAAACAAAACCAUAUUGUAGAGGUUUGUAUUUAGCGCUUAUUUUUGCAUGUUGAUGUUGAUUAGCUAAUAAAAGAUUGUACAUGUAAAACCUGUUAAUAAAAAUUGUUUUCCAUUUCUUAA